ACGCCUGCAGGCUCGUACUCUUGGACAUUCGGCACUCACAGUACGUAGCAAGUCUUGUUGAGAGUCAGUUGCCACUGGUUGGCACAGCUAAUGUAUUAGCAGACGAAGAAGUCGUUAUCUCCACGGUACCUUUUUGAUCAAAGGAAGAAAGAGUCGUGAAACGUUUAGACUCAACAUUUUCUAAUCGAUCCUAUUGAAGUCCAACUUCAGUCAACUGUGAAAGAAAAUGAAUGACGACACGUGGGUUACUUGUCCUUAUAAUGUAGCACAUCGUGCUCUAAAAUCGCGCUUUCAAUUUCAUUUAACCAAGUGCCGCACCCAACACAACAGUGGUGACAAGAAACAGUGUCCAUACGACGCUAAUCACAUAAUUAAUGUACUUGAAUUCGAAUACCACCUAACGGCAUGCGAAUCGCGGGAGUCUGUAUUGCAUUUUCAAAGCACAGAUCAGGAUUUUGAACUCAACUUACUUCCAGUUCCUACAAGACCUUUGGUGCAAUAUCAUAGCGAAGAAGAUUGGGAUGCUGAAGGUGAUGUUGCUUCUUAUCAACCUUUAAAAAAUAUUGCUGAUCGUCCAGUGUUUAUUCAGCCUACUGGAUUAGCUCCUGCUGAGCGAAAAAAUUUUAGAAGAAAUGAAAGAGGUAGACAUCAAAAUAUUGAAAAUAGAGGAAACACUUGGAAGCCCCUGAAUAAUCAUGCGAACAAAUCUGCAAGUUUUCAAUCAGUACUUUCUGAAGCAGAUGAUGAAGAGUAUGUACCACUGCGUAAGCCUAAUAAAAUUAGGCAAAAAACUGAAUCGGUACAAUCACCACCAACUCUUCAAUCACCACCAUCAUCAUCAUCAUGGAAAUCUUGUAAUACCCCAACUCCUCCAAAAGCUUCUGUAUUACCCAAAGAACCUGUGCGAACAUCAGCGUGGAAAUCUGUUGACACAUUUAAUCAAAAAGUAACUGCAGAAUCCUCCAAAACUUCUGAUCAAACAUCAGCGUGGAAAACUUCUGAUGCACCAACUUCAGAUACUGCUGCGUCAUCCAAAUCUCCGCCAUCAACAUCAGCUUGGAAAUCUGUUGACAAAUCAAAUCAAAAAGUAAUUGCAGAAUCAUUCAAAACUCCUGCAAAAACAUCAGCAUGGAGAUCUUCAAAUCCACCAACUUCACCAAGUACUUCUGUAUCAUCCAAAGCUUCUGUGUCAACAUCAGCAUGGAAAUCUGUUGAUAAAUCUUAUGAAAAAGGUUCUGAAAGCCCAUUAAAUAGAUCUGCAUCUUCAGGUAAGACCGUCCCUUAUAUAGGCACUGUACCUAAACCUAAGCCAUCAUUUAGCUAUGCAAAUGCUCUCCAAAAGUUAAAAAACAAAGAUGAUGAAUUAACUAAUGAGCUGUCAAGAACAUUGGAAAGUGUACACUUUGAUAAAGCUAACAAUUUAUACUAAACCACAAUGAGUGUUUGUAAACGUUCCUUCUUAUUUGCUUUUAAAAAAACUCAUACAUUCAACUAAACAUGUUGGAAUAACUCAUACAUUUAUUACUUUUGCUCAAAAAUGUAGUACUUUACAUUUCUCAAUAAGCAAUAUUUCAUAAUUCUUUUUGAAAGAAUUAAGAAAGAAAUAUUUGAUUUUAAUAUUUAUGACAAAUCUAAUAUGUUUAGUAAGUAGUAUAUCGGUAAAAGUAAAAACUUUAAAAUUCGUGUUUGUGUAUACUCUAUAAAUUUAAUGUUAUGGAAUAGUGUACAAAAU